GAACACGCCCCUUUUUGCCAAAUAUGGGAGGACGCCUGGGCGCUGUUUCCUUACUUUUUGUCUUUUAGUGACAUUUUUUCCGGAGGAAAUGCGACUGCUCCGUCAACGGUUGCUUUUUAAGUCAUUGUGAAUGUACUUAAAUGAUAGUUUAAGACUACUGACGGCGUUUGGCGUCACCGUGGUCCGCAUGUGACGAACAGCCGGGGGAGGAGCCUUGUGUCCCGUGUACUGUACCGUGGAACGCCGAGUGUUGGCCAGCAGCCACGUCCAGACAGAGACGGGAAGGCAUCCGCCCCACGAGCAGGCUGCUUCGCCGGGGAACCAGCGAUAUGUUCUGACUCCUAUUGUUCUCCGACUCUUCGGAACGUGACCGAGUGGGAAAGUGUACCCGCUCUGAUUAUGCUGAUGUUGCGAGAGCGCCAAGCGUCGCGCCCACAGGCGCAGCAGCAGCGAGAGGAGACGAUGAGUGCCAAGAGGAAGGCCGAGAGCGACUCCAAGGCCGCCAGUAGGCCACACGUCAUGAAGUCUCACGGGAACUCACGAGCCGACUCGGAGAGGGACUCGGGAUUCUCAGAUGCAAGCUCAGAGCACAUGAGCACUAUGGACACCACUGAUUCCGAGGACUCGCCACGCCCCUUCGUGCAACCGGGUCCGCAGACGUCCGGUUCCGGGCCGUUGGCUGUGGUGAGGGGGUCCUACUCCAGCAUCUCCCCCAUGAUCAUCAUGAACAACGUGCUCUUAAAGCAGCCCGGAGACAACCCCCCAGCCAUGAAGCCCUGGGGCUUCAGGUCUGCCGUGGAGGUGGUUCAGCCAGUGGUCCAGCAGCCCCAGGUGGUCUUCCUCCAGCCCGUCGUCUCCCGUCAAGCUUCCCCGGGCGUCAAGGAGACAUCCCGACACAGGCGUCCCAAGAAGUAUCUUCCCAUCCUUAAGUCCUACCCCAAAAUUGCACCACAUCCCGGAGACAGCUCCAGCUCCUCGGGAAGGGGAACCGCCUCCUCCUCCGCCUCAUCUUCUUCGGGGUCGGAGAGAGGCGGCUUGUCAGGUUCCGGUCACCGUGACCACUGCCAGCGAGAGAAGCAGCAGAAAAGCCAAAGCGGUCGCUCUGGUAACUCGGCUCUACUUUCCGGGACCCCAAACUCAACUCAACCGCUCAGUCGACUCGGUCAAACGUCAACUCGCAGCGAGACGUCUUCGCCAGCUGUCAGCCGGUCAGAGUUCAUGCCAUCGCCCUCUCUCUCCAAUAGCCUGGCCCCCCUUGACCCCAGCGAUGCUGACUCCCCGGUGGAGCAGAAGUGCGAGGACAGCAGCAGCGGCGAAGACGACACCAGGAGGAAGCGCUUCUGCAACACCUAUAACAUCCUCAGCAAGUCGGGCCUCCUGGACAUCACGCUGCGCACCAAGGAGCUGCUCCGGCAGAACCGCCGCACCCAGACGGACCUGGACCGCCUCCGAGAGCACACGGACCUCUUCCUGCAGGCCGUGCGCAGCGGCGACGCCAGCAUUUGUGUCAAGCUGCACGCCAGCCUCCAGGAGGAGGAGGAGGGGGACAAGGAGAGGGCGGCCGGGACCAGCUUAAAGGCCGAUUAGACUCUGACGACACCGCAAAUCCUCCUGACUGACACGGUGAGAGGAAGGCCAGGCUGGUUUGCGAGGAUGAGACGGAGGUAGUGGGGGUGGUGAGCACAGACAGAUGGACCGAGAAUAAUGUGACCCACAUUCCACACCCACUCCUUCACACAGUUGGCACUAGCCUACAUUUUGGCUGCCACCUGGCCUCGGGAGGUCCUCUACUUUUUUUUAUUUUUUACUACUGCGUUGUUACUCAUGACAAUAAUAAUUAUACUUCUCUCUACUGCUGUCACACAGCAAAACACUCUUUUCAUCUUACACCCCAAAAUAGACUUUAUGAGCAGCCACACUGCCUAUAUCCUGGUUAGGGUCCUCAACAGGAGUUGGGGUCUACUGUGGACUCGGCACCUGUCAAUCACAUUCAUAAAUACAUAACUGUAUUUCCCCAAACAGUGGCUGCAUAGUGUGCCACACAUUCAUUUGUUCCAAGGCAGCUUUAGCUUAUUUCCUCAGUCAAUAUAAUACUUUUAUUUUGGCAGCGCACCGUAAUGAUUGGGCCAAUAUGAGGGAAUCAUAAAAGUCCGAUACACAAUAGCUCUGAUCAUAAAAAAAAUGCUCCAAUGAGGUGCGAUUAUCUGUACUGUGAAGGUGAGCAAACCAAGCGCUUAUUUUUGUUGUGCUUCUGUUUCAUCUUUUAUUACCUUGAAAGGAGCUAUAGAAGACCAAAACAUAAAGAUCAGUAUUACUUAUUAUAAUUAUUAUUUUUGUUUUCACAGCUUCUGCUCCACUCUUUGCUCUCAUUAAACUCCCUCCGUUAAUAAAGGGUCAGCUUUACAGAUGCCAUUCCUAGCACGUCACACGGCGGUAUGAUAUGAGGUGGUAACGUAAAUAACUGUUGUGGGGUAAAAAAGAUGCAUUCAAUGGCUGAAUAAAAGCCAGCAAAGAACUGAGAUAGGGCGAGGGGGCCACUGUUUGGGGAAAUGCAGUACUUGUGUUUGACUUCUGGGGGCUCCACGCAUAUUUGGUGUGAGGCUGCAGUGCAUCCCACUUAUCCAGCAUGCUGCCCUCAUUUCACACAAGAACCUCUUUUUGACUUGAAAGGUCGGGUCACGACCGGGGCGUCGUCGGCAUGCGAGUGUCACGGCCGCCGAGGGGGUCAAACGAGUUCUUAGCAGCGCACAGAAAAAUUCCAGAGAAGUUGAAGCGGAGUCGGCUUGGGUGUCUGCUUCAUUGAUCAUGUGACAUGGCCACACCUGGAACUCCUUCUGAGUGAUUGUUUUAACACACAAGUGGCUUUUUUUCCCCUUCAUCAUUUCCUGCACAGGCUAGCUGCCGUUAGCUUCCCCUGAGCCUGGCUGGCAGCUGCCGCAAACCAACUUCCUGUUGAGCUGCUUCCUGUUAGCUCGAUUGCAGCUCAUCGUGGCUUGUUUUUAAUGAACGGCCUUAAAGGAAAAGUGCAGUUUUUGGUGUGUGGGGGCUAUUUUUAUCACCCACAAUUUCUAUGUGUUCUAAAGUUAUAAAAACAGGUAAAAUGAUGCAGUUAGUGAAUGCACGGUCCUGGGACACACCUAUUGGGCCUAGAAAGGCGGCUAUUCAAAGAUCUCCAAAAAGCACCAGCAAGAUUUUCUAUCCAUGCUGUGAGCAUGUAGUAACAGCUACAUGGAUGCUAACAUGUCAUACUUGGGGAGUAUUUGGGGGUGGGGGGGGCUUCCUUCCUGGGGUGCAUUGAUGUCACAUAGCAACAUAGAAAGGGAGGCCAAAACAAAAAGCUCCAAUAUGUAGCGUUAACUUUGGCUAGCGGCCUGAGGCAUUGGGAGCCAGUUUGUGCUGAAGCUAGUCGCUAGCCGCCGUGGUGUGGCCAGGUGUCACUACACCAGGAAGGUAGUUCUUGGGCGUAACAAUGUUCUUAAGAAGAAUAACAAUGUGCUUCAUAUGCAGCUCACGUGAUGGACAUGGAGUGUGUCCCGUUUUGUGCAUUCUUAGCUGUUUUUUUAUUUGUUUUAUACCUUUUAGAAGGUAGAGAGAAGAGAAAAGCGUGUGUUUGUUGGGCAAAAUUCCCCUCCAAAGUUGAACUAAGCAGCCAUAUUGUUGAUGUCAUGCAAACCCAACACAGUGGAUUUGGAUUUUAAUAUCAUGUGGUAAAAAGAAGAUUUGACAAUGUCUGGUGUAAAAAAGAAAAGGAUAUUGUAAAUAUAAAACACUGAUAUUUGGACACACAAAUGGGAUUCAGAAAUAUCAAAUAGUUGAAUCCCAUCAAUCUGCUUUCUAAGCCUGUUCUCCUUUCUCUGCAUCUUCCUUUUCGGUUCCCAUCCCCUUUUCCGGGCUGGUAGAAUAUGUUGAAAUGAUGGUAACCAUUAUGUUCCUCCCUGACAAAACUAGGCCAUCAGUUUGUCAAGGCCUCGCUCAACUGCGGCUGAAAAAAAAAAAUUGCAUUUUUGACCUCCAUGCUUCUGUUUGACUGAUGUAAGCCCUUAUCUGCUACUUAUCACUUUCAACAGCACACGCUGGCUUAAUCAGUGGCUUUCCAGCUGAUUCACGGGCCGUUGUUUGUCUAAUCAACCCCGGGGGGGGCAGAUAGUGUCGGCCUUUCUUGUCCUGAAUCGCUUAUUUGCAAAGCAGCCCUUGUGCAAUCUUUUUUUCUGUUUUGGAGGCCGCUGCGAGUCAACUUGACACCCUCCCGUGUGUGACCCGAGAAAAUGAGCGUUCAAGUACAAGUCAUUGUACGAAUCUUACUUCCUCCCACAGGCGUUUCAGGAAGGCCCCGAGUGAGACAGCCCAGGCCAAACCGCUUGGCAUGUCUUUGAUUCGGACAAAACAAAAGUGCAUUUGUGCCCUUUUUGGCAGCAGAAACUUACUGACCGCCCCCCUCACAUUUAAUAAAAAGAACUCCAUACUGCUAUUGGCCAUCAGUUGUAAGAAACGGCUGCAAAGUACACAGGCAAGGUCAAAUUGGUGUAUCAAAUUAAAGCAGAAGAAACAGAGCAGUGUUUUCUUGUGUGUACAGCAGAGAAGGAGUGCUUUAAAUCGCUUGUGUUUGAAUCUGACAUACAAUCAUUGACUCAUAUUGCAGACUGAAUGUAUGCUAGCAUUACAUUUUAAACUAUUCCGUAUUCUGGGAUCAAUACUAUUACAAUCACUUCGUUUUAUUUUGUGUGUGUGUGAGAGGUAAUUUUGAACGCUUUUGUAUUUUUCACCUCAUUGCUUAUGUAAUAAAAAAAUGGGGAAAAAAUA